GUUUGAAGGGUGAAAGCUGCUCGUUCGUCUCAAGUCCGACCCGACCGAAGCACAGGCUGGGGAACAUCCUGAUCUACGUCCGGUACAUUGAUACAUUUAUCUAUGCAGUAUUAAACUCAACGCAAAGUCGAGAAAGACAUUCAAAAGGGAACCAACCAACCAAUCUUCAAAAGCCACUAUGGAAGGACGAUGCCAAUGCUCCCAGGUCCGCUUUACCACUCCGCUGCCGAGGCCGCUUCAAAUCUACAUCUGCCACUGCACAGAAUGCCGACAUCAAUCUUCGUCCUCGUACGGUCUGACUGCCAUCUUUCCCCAGUUCGACAUUCCGGCGCCUCAAGCAGAUAGUGACAGCCCAGAUGCCACUCCGCCAGCGGGGAUAGGCUUGUACACGCGGCCCACUUUGUCCGGCAGGCAGCUUGAAUGCUUGUUUUGCAAAAAUUGCGGAUCUAGACUGAUGCAUAGGGCUCGGGGCGACAGGACAUUAAGCGUGAAAGCUGGGUGCUUGAUUGGUUUAAGUAAAGAGCUCAUGAAGGACGCGGUUCAUAUCUGGUGUAAAGAAGCGGUAACCGAGAUUCCGGACGGAGUGGAAAGGUUCGAGGAGGAACCAGAUGGCGGGUCUCUGCAGUAACUCAACCUUCGUUUGUGGGAUUGUGGGCCUGCAUGGUGACAAGCAUGCGAACAACAUGCUGCUAAACUAAAUGAAUAUGGGGUGGAAUAACGCGGGGUUCAAGGAGAGGAAUUCAGAUGUGUCGUCGUCGAGCAGUUGAAUCAAUGU